CAAAAAACACCACGAAAUCUUUCGAGGCUUAGGGCGCCAAAACCUCAUAAAUUAUUUCCUAUCGCUCAAUUAACCAAAUUCACUCUUUCUCUGUCUUCUUCGCCGAUUCAAGUUCAGUGCUACUGCAAGUCAGAGAUUUAGCUACCAGGAAAUCAUUCAGGUAAUCCUUGCGGGAUCUUGCAUCGACACAGCAAGUAGUAAACACCAUGAGUACCUUCCAUGUUGCAAACACACCUUCGCCAUUUCUGCAAGCUUGCCAGAAUCAUAAGCCCUCGCCUCCGUUACACUGUUUCACACAAAAGAAAUAUCUCCACAAGAAACCCUCCGCUUUUGCCCUUGAUUACGACAUACAUUACUCAUGGAGCCGAUGAUUGAUCCGAGCUCAUCAAUUCCGGAACUAAUCAAAUUUAUUAAGCACUCAUUUCGCGAGUGCGAGUUUGAUGAGGUGCAGAAUACAUUGAUGGAGCGGGAAAAAAGUAUGAAAGUUGAAAUGGAAAAGCUUGUCAGAGAAUGUGAUGAACUGAAGAAACAGGUUGAUUUCCUGGAGCGCUCUAAGGGCUAUUCGGAGUUGGAGAAAUGUGAUCUGGAGGAGAAGCUGAGAGAGAGUCAGAAGAAAGGUGAAGAGUUGGAUAAAAUGAUCGUCCAAACGAACGAGAAAUUUGAGAAAUUGAGGAGCGAAAAACACGAUGUUGAGAACGAGCUGGUAAGGAGUAUUGGAAAAUGCGAGGAGAUGGAUGAACGGCUCGCCAAAAUGGGGAAGGAGAUUGAGGAAUUAAGGCGAGAGAGCCUUUAUGCAAAUAAAACCAUAGAGGAGUUGAAGGCAAAGGAGAUUGAGGCUGAUCGCGUUGUGCAGGAACUGAAGCGCCAAAAUAAUGAGGCAGCAGCUGCUAUUGACACUGAACUGGAGAAGAAUAUGCAGAAUGGCGAGGUGAACCCGGAAGAAGAUAGGGCUACCGAGUCACCUGAAUUUCCUGCAAUUUCUGGUUCACACGCGAGUGUAAUGCAAUCGGGUGGUGAAGCGCCUGCAGAGAAGGCAGUAGCUUCAUCUUUCGCUGCUGGAAAAGUUGUGAUCGUCAUAUGUGAUAGUGACAGCGAUGGUGAAACACAUAUUCCUGACACUUUGUCUGGGCAGACAAAGAGGAGGAAAAUAAGCACAUCUGCUGCACCAUCUCGCUGUCGUUCAUUGCCCAGCAGCAGAGUUGAAGAAAGAGCCGGUGCUCUUCAAAAGUCUCGUACCGUUGAUCGUAUUGAUUCUACAGAUUCGGAUGAUUCAAUCUCAGCUGGCUAUACGAACAAUCUCACUGCGAUGAUUGAAAGUAGAGGAAACAACAAUAAAGGGGCUGGUGGUUCUGGCUCUGGCAGAGUCGAAGGAGGAUCCACCAUUCCCGUGGUGGAUAUUGAUGAUGAUGUCCCCAUUCCCGCAACAGUCCAAGAUAUCCCGACUCCUGCCUUCCUGCAGAAGAAGCGGAAGGCUGCUGUGGUUGCCCUCGCUGAAAAGCGGAGGAUGGCUGGCCAGCAAAAGGCCAGCAAGUUCGUAGACCCGGAGGCUGAGCCAGCAAGUGAAGCGGAGGCAGUCUCCGUGGAUGCUGCAGGAGGCAAGGCUCUGGCCCUGCCCGCGAGGGAGUCAGAGGCCUCGGGCUCCAAGCCGAUCUUGUCUCUGAAGGGGCGGGAUUUUGUCCGCACAUUGCAUUCCCAUAUCCAUCCCCAGGAUCGGGAAGCGAUGAAAAAGAUGAAGCGGGCGACACUGACUAACAGCCUCGGUCAGCUGUGCCUUCAGCUGGAGUCCCGGGUCGGAGAGGCCAUUCAGUGCAUCAAUGGUUACGAUGCACUGGAAAAUGACCUGAAAAAGGAGAGGGAGUUGACGGCGAAGCGCGACGAGGAGGUCGCGGGCAUGGUGGAGCGAUACAGCAAGGCCGAAGCGGACGUGACUGCGCUGCAGGCCCACCUUGCCCAAGUGGAGGUGGAGAAGGCCUCUCUAGCCUCUGAGCUGGAGAGGGCUAAGAAGGAAGGCUACGAUAACCUUGUCCGGUUCCGGAUGAGGUAUGAGACGGAGCACCGGGAGUCCAGGCGUAACUGGAAGAAAGCCUGUGAGGGUGCCCAACACCGGGGCUACGUGAUGGGGGCCCGGGACCAGCGCCUGGAGUUUUUUCUUUCUCCCCAGGGCCAGCAGUUCCUGGGCAUAAUGCUGGAGGGUACCCUGGCAGCCUUUCAGAAGACUCCCGAUUAUCUGGAGGGGUUCGCCCAAAUCUUCGCCCAUGUGAUAAAGCAGACAGCGAUGAAGACGGCGGAGAUGUUGGGAGCGUCGGCGGAGCAGGCCGCUGCCCUGGAUAUGGAGGCCUUGAUGGACAACAUCAAGGAUGAAGAUCUGAACAGGCUGUUGGGGAUCACUGCUGAGUCCCCAAAGAAGCCGGGGUGGUGGUACCCGGUUUUGGAGAAGGCCCUUCCCCAAUUUGCCUUUGGGGUCUACCCUGAGCCGGUGCCUACUGCUCCUGUGUAUUGGCCCCCCUUCUGCACUUCCCUGGCGAAGUUUGUGGAUCAACUGAGGGGUCAGCCUGGUGCUAGCUUGAUGUGUGUGAUUUAGUUAUCUAUUUUCGUGUCGUUUUGCCAUUGAUUUUUCCUUGAUAUUAUCCAGAUUGUUGACAUUUGGCGCAGGAAUUAGAUGGAUUGGGGAUAGAUCUCGUGGAUGGAAGAAGUUGGUGGAAAUCGAGCUUUUGAUGAAGAUUAGAGUUGAUUGUGGAGGAAUUUAGAGAUUGGGCUUGGAGUUAAUUAUUUUACAUUUAAUUAAGCCCAAAACUCUUAUUUUAAUUAUUUUGGGUUGUGUUUUAUUAAAGGGGCCGAAGCCCAUAUUGUUAGAGAGAGUCGGCUACUUAAGGGAUUCUAAUUCCCAUUGAACAAGGUUUUUACAUAUAGCCGCAACUUUAGACUUGGGGAUAGAGUUUGACUUUGAUUAUAAUUAGGAACACACUUUAUUUUCCUUAGUUUUGGAGCAGAACGAUUUUUUCAUGCAUGCAAGUUCUUUUGUUUAUUGUUA